AUGAGUGAUUCCGAUGAGGACGAUCUUGGAUUUGUUCCUGGUACAGUAAUAGAAUCUUCAAAGAACAAAUAUGUAAUCGUUAAACUACUAGGAGCUGGUGGAUUCGGAGCAAUGUAUGCCUUGAAAGUAGAGAAGAAGAUAGAAACUAGGAAACAUUCCAAAUUGAAAAUGGAGGUACGUUCAACGUCAAAGAGUGCGUAG